AUGUACAGAAUAGACGUUUCAGAUUUUUAUGACUUCCAAGCGUUCAGAAAUAUGUGUCCAUUUAGAGACUAUAACAAAGCAGUCGAGAAUUUGAAACGUUUAGUCAUUUAUGUUGACUCUGCCCCAGAAUGUUAUGUCAUGAAAGAAUGGGAUGUUGUCUUUAACAAACCAAGAGCAACCAUAGUUUCAGAACAAGAAUGUAGACAGAAACUUAAGAAAAUAAAAGUCGUACAAGUUGGUAUGAAGAUGUUAGAUGCUUGGGAUAUCUUAUUGUCAAAGUUAGAAGAUUUUUCAGUUCGUGGUAUAAAGUUCUAUACACCAUCUCCAAACUUCUAUUCUAUCUUCACUGGAUAUAAAUACGAACAAGUAGAAUGGAAAGAAAAUGUUAUAGAAGCUUGGUUAGACCAUGUCAAAGAAAUUAUAUGCAAUGGAAACGAAAGAGUCUAUGAGUAUAUCUUAUGUUGGUUUGCAAACAUCUUACAACAUCCAAGUGCUAAAAAUGAAACUGCUCUCAUUAUAA